AUGGGCAAGCUCGGCAGAUUCGUGUGCAUCGCCGCGCCUCUACUCCUGACCCUCGCGUCGCUCAUAUGCCAGGUCCUGGUCUUUAUGGGACAGUUGAACAGGAACAGUGCUAUCCAAAGGGAUCUGUAUUUCUUCAAGGCCAACACCAAAGACUUCAACCCCAAACCCCUCUCAGACAUCCCCGACAUCCCACACACCGACACCGACAACCGCCUCAUCAAUGCCCUGCAAGGCGUCUCCACGUCUGCCUCCCUCAAAGACUUCUACCAGGUCGGCCUCUGGAACUACUGCGAAGGCGAGAUCGACGCCUCGGGCAAGGACACCAUCGUCUACUGCUCCCCGCGCAAAGCGAGCUACUGGUUCAACCCGAUCGAGGUCUGGGAAUUCAAAGAUAUCACCCCCGAUCAAAUCUACAACGACGAGAUGAAGAAAGGUAUCGACGCGUACAGCAAGGUGGCCAAGUUCGCCUUCGCGGCGUGGGUCAUUGCGGCGAUAUUGACGGGCGUCGAGUUCAUCGUCGGCAUCUUCGCGGUGCUGAGUCGCUGGGGCAGUGUCGUUACUACCGUCGUCGCCGCUGCCCAAACCAUCUUCAUCAUCGCCGCCGCCGGCUCCUCAACAGCCAUCUACCUCACCCUCGCCGGCGUCUUCCGCAGCGUCCUCGCGCCCUACGGCAUCAAGGCCGAGCUCGGCGCCAACAUGUUCGCCGUCGUCUGGCUGGCUGUCAUCUGCAGCGUCGCCGCCGGCUUCUUCUGGCUCAUCAGCAUCUGCUGCUGCAGCGGCAAGAGCCCGCACAAGAAGGUCGUGGUGGAGAAGGCCCCGUAUACGUAUGAGCGGGUCGCGAGUCCGUACUUGGGCGCUCAGCAGAGUGGGGUCGAGAGUCAUGCUAUGGCGCCUGUUGGGGGGCAGGGGUAUGGCGGGCAUGGGGCCGCUUAUGAGCCGUAUAGGGAGCAGAGGGUGUGA